UUGGAUGGCUUCACCGGGUCAUAAAGCCAAUAUUAUGAAUCCUUCCUUCAAACAAGCCGGUUUUGCUCCCGCCAAAGGCAACAAAAGUGCCACUGUUGCUAGCUCUCCCGCCAAAGGCAACAAAAGUGCCACUGUUGCUAGCUCUCCCGCCAAAGGCAACAAAAUUGCCGCUGUUGCUGGCUCUAAAUCGAAUUCUCUGAAUGGCAAAAAAAUUAUUGUUGUCCCCUCAAAAAAAAAUA